AUGAUGGCAAACGGAGAUUCAAAGACAAAUGAACGCUCAGCAUUGUUGCCUAACCACAGCAGUGAAUCAUUCAAUGCAUCUCGAUCAGAAUCUAUGCGUCGUCGUUCAUCAACAUCCGCCAAUGAAGCCACGAAGAAAGAACGUUUUCGUGCUAUUCGUAUAUGUUAUUUUGGUAUGUUCGUCAGUUCAAUUGUGUUUAGCAUUACUGUUUCAUCACUAUGGCCUUUUCUACAAAUUAUUGAUACUUCUGCCGAGGCUACUUUUCUCGGAUGGCUUGUUGCAUCCUUUUCUAUUGGACAAUUAAUCGCAUCACCGAUCAUUGGUUAUGUUGCAAAUCGAACGGAUAAUAAUAAAAUGCCUUUAGUUGUUAGCACAGCAUUGAUUGUUGUCGCGAAUGUGCUCUACGGAUAUGUUCAAAGUAUAAAUAACUUUGGAAUCUCGAAUAAAUGGUGGCUGAUGAUUUCUCGUUUUAUUAUGGGAGUCGGUGCAGCAAAUUCAACGAUUAUGAGAUCGUACUCUUCAGCAGCAACCACACUGAAAGAACGAACAGCAGUUAUGGCCAAUCUAUCUGCAUAUCAAGGUGUUGGUUUCAUUCUUGGGCCUCUUAUUCAAGCUCUUUUUGCUUUUCUGGGCUAUCCCGGUCCUAUUCACAAACCUUGGCUCUAUUUUAAUAUCUAUACGGCUCCCGCGUUUUUUAGCGUGCUAACCGCGGGUAUUAACCUUGUGUUAUUCUUAGUAGCAUUCGACGAUGCACGAAUUAUCGUACCAUCGAGAAAGAGUAUUAGCAACAGCACAUCAAAUAAACGUAAUUCGCUGUCAAAAGUAGAUAAAAAUGAACACCGUGAUGAAACCAAGGCUAUUGUAUGUUGUCUCUACAUGUUUUUUAUCGCGUAUUUGACAUUUACAAAUUAUGAAACAAUUGCUUCGCCCCUCUCAAUCGAUAUGUACGCUUGGACUAAAGAGCAGAGUACAAGGGAUAAUGGUUACCUACUUGGUGCACUUGGUUGCAUGUCAGUAGUCGUUUUAAUCGUGACAAAAUUACUAGCAAAACGACUUCAAGAUCGUAUGUUAACGCUAAUAGGUUUAGUGAUCUGUUUUCUUGGAUAUUUCGUCUUCUUACCAUGGGGUUCUGAUUAUCCAAGUAUUCAAAUAGCUACACUUCCAUUUCCAACGAUGACUAUCGGCACACCGUCGAAUUCAUCCACACCGCUUUCACCCACAACUACAGCUGAUCCCGGUGAUAAAGGUUGUCCCCUUGAUUAUCAAUGGUGUUAUUACACUCCACGUGUACAACUAUGGCAAUAUAUCAUGGCAUCCGUCAUCAUUACCAUCGGCUUUUCAAUUUGUAAUGUAAUAUGCUAUUCAAUCUUUUCGAAGAAACUGGGCGAUCGUCCUCAAGGUACUAUGAUGGGUAUAUUCACAAGUGCUGGCUCGUUAGCACGUGCUUUCGGCCCCAUUACCGUCGGCUUUCUCUACAAGCAUUGGGGUCCGCGUGUAAUGAUGAUUUUUAUGCUCGUGUUCGUUUUCACCGGUAUCUUGUCAUUACUAUUUAACUAUCCGCGAUUGUAUAUUGAAAAUGAAGACGUCAACGAACUUGACGAUGAUGUUAACGAGGAAGACGAAGAGAGAAAUAUUAAUGCAGUUAAUUAA